AUGAAUUUAUCAUCUGUCAAUGACACUUCAACUGUAGUUGGGAAUCAGCGGAACAACUUCACCAUAGCUGUGACCAACAAUUUGAUUGUCACAGCCCUCUGCAUCUCUAUCAACUACUUCAAUGGUACCCUGGUCCACACAUUCAGAAAGCACCAGAUCUUCUAUUCGAACCCUCGUUAUAUUCUGUUCAUCCACCUGGUGAUAAAUGACAUGAUGCAGCUGGCCCUGUCAACUCUUCUCCACAUCAUCAGCUAUGCCCUGUACACAAUAAAGGUGCCCUUCUGCAUCAUCCUGCUGACCAUUACCAUCCUCACCACCCUCAACACCCCAAUAAAUUUGGCUGGCAUGGCAAUAGAGUGCUACAUCGCCAUCUGCAUUCCCCUCCGGCAUGGACAGAUCUGUACUGUCAAGAAAACCUGUGUCUUCAUUGGUUUGAUCUGGGUUGUGAGUUCAAUGUCAAUCCUACCUGAUAUCUUCAUCCUUCUGGCCACAGAACCUCUGCAGUUCUUUCACUCCAAAGUGUUAUGUGCCAGAGAUUUUGUGUUCAGAAGCAACUACAGCCUGAAGAAGAGGGACACAUCACACAUUGUCUGUCUUGUCCUGGUUUGGCUCACACUGUUAUACACUUACUUCAGGAUUCUGUUCGCUGCCAAGGAAGCAACUGCGGGCAUAAAAAAAGCCAGAAACACUAUUCUCCUCCACGGCUUUCAGCUGCUGUUGUGUAUGCUCACUUACGUGAGACCCAUGUUUGAACAAGGUCUGCUCUACUUAUUGCCUAAACAUGUCCGGGCCAUACGUUUUGCCUGCUAUGUCAUUGUCCAGAUCCUGCCACGGUUUGUUAGUCCCAUUGUCUACGGACUACGAGACCAAACCUUCAGGAGAUAUAUGAGACGAUACAUGCUUUGUAAAGUGAGCACGAGAAGCCACCCAGAAAAAAUUGCCGUGUCAAGCAUGAGACUUACUGCAAAACUGCAGUGA